AUGUUUUCAGAAAAUCUUCCUUAUGCGACCGCCUUGGAGGGCGAGGCCGAAGCUUUAUUGAACGUCAUUGUAGAGCGCUUAUGUUCCUCGGCAAAGGCGCAAGAUUGGGGUCCGGGUUGCAGUUACUGGGUAAAACAGCUCAAUAGUUAUCUUGAUCUCCAGCACCAAUUAUCACGCCAGACCCGCGCUCAACUAGCCUACGUUCUUUUUGAACUCGUUAUCACACCUGGAAUUGACGCAUCUCAUGCUGAGGUUUUUGCAAAUACUUGUAUACGCUUACUCAAGAAAAAAGACAAAAUUGGACCGGAAGAUUUAACAUUACAAUGGGAACCAUUAUAUGAUAUCAUUCAUCGAACAUUUUUUCCAAAAGGUCGACAGAAAACUUUAGUCAGUGAAUCUAAACAAAUUGGAUCUGUGGUACGUCUUGUAGAAUAUGCGCAAAGAUUUUUUCCUCCAGAAGCCACAGAUGAAAUUCUUUCUCGGGUCCUCCCUCUUUUCAAUGCCAAUUCUGGUGGGGAUGCAUUCACAGUACAAGCUUAUCUCGUUCGAUUCCUUCCAACUGCGCCAUCUCCAAAGUCAUCUCCUUCUACAUGGUUACCUACUAUAUUUUCAUUUUGGUACCUUAUCCCAGGGUCAUUUAUGUAUCAAAUAGAGUUUAUAGAUCUUGUUGCUCGUGUUGCUGAAGAUAACGUUGGUGUCGAAGUUGAUAAUCCAGACCAGAUAGGUAUUUUUACUCAGGCACAAGUUAAAACCGUAUUUGCAACUGGUCAAAAAAUGAUGGACCUACCAGUGGGUAGUACCACCAACGGCAAUACCCAUUCUGGAAGGGGAGGAUCAAUGUCAGGAUUACCUUCAAGAAUGGAUCUUAGAACAGGCAGUGCUAUGUUCUUAAGGAAAAAAGGGGAUAAAUUCAAAAUGCUAGCCAGAUUUAUUGUGUAUUCUAUUUUUCCGCCUUCUAAUAAUACCCAAGAGAAAUCAAUUCUUACUUAUUUAGCGAAUAUGAUUCAAGCAACCGAAUCGUAUUAUCAUCCAAGUAAUUUUGGACGUUGGACCUUCUCUAUUGUAAGAUUUUUACAAUUCCUUGGAUGGGAAUUCUUAAAACGAUGGACUGACGAACACAAGCCGGAAUGUAAAACUCCAGAAUCACGGCGAUUAACACCUGACCUUAAACGCCAAUUUGUUCUUAUUCUUAGAGGAGUUACUUUCUUGUCAAUGUUUGGCAAAGACCCAUUAUCAGUUGGAUCAAGUCAAGCUGCUUUAAAAUAUUUAGCUUGGCUAGAACCUUCGUUAAUAUUUCCAGGGUUGUUAGGACGUGUUUAUCCUUCUUUAGAAACUCUAACUGAGACCCAUAGAACAACAUCAUCCAUCUCGGCUCUUUCGCUCCUGGCGAUUCCACUAUUUUCUCGUGCCCAUUAUCCUGCCGGUGGAAAACAUCUUGCCCCACUUCUUCAUUUAACAAUUCCCGGGAUUGACAUGAAUGAUCCAAUAAAAACAAUUUCUUCUCUUAUUUUUCUUACACACGCAGUAAUGGGCGUUCCUUUAAGAGAUUUGACUGAAGGUAGUAGCAUCACAGAAUCCGAAUUCAGGUGGGAGGGGAUGGACAUUGAUGACAGAGAAGAAGAUCAAAUAGAAACUAAUGUCGAAGAAGAAGAUGCCGUGUGUAAAGCUAGUACUGCAGUAUUUGAGGAAUGGCUUGCAAAAUUUUUAAGACGUGUUUUCACUAUUUUUGAAUAUCUUCCGCAGUCAGAACGUGGCAAGAUGAGUAUGCAAAGCAUGGAAACUGGAUUGGUUACUGUGUUACUGCAUGCUUGUGAAAUUGUUGGUACACAAAUGUCCGAACAACUUCAGGAUAUGGCUUUAAAAAUGGUUAUAAAUUUUGCAUCAACUACGGUUCUUCAGAAUGCUACAAAGCCCAUGGGAUAUUUAUGCUCUACUCUUACAAGUCCAAAUAGAUGCAAGGCACUUGCCCAAUUUAUCCCUCUUUGCCGCACAAAUAUUAUUAUUGAGCUUCAACAUGGUGCAUCAUCUACGCCCACUACCUCUCCAACACAUCAUAUACAGUCAGAUGCUACACUCCAUUGGUAUCAAUGUAUUCUGUAUCAUGUUAUCAUGCUAAGUGGAUCCGAAUUGCUUCGUCAUAAAAAUGACUUGUUGUAUUUGGCAAAAGAAAUGGUGCAAAAGUGUCGUUCUCGAAAAGGGUAUAUGUGGACUGGAAAAUUUAUAAGAAUGAUGUUAGUUGCACUGACACAAAUUUAUCCUUUGGAAUGUCGGAAUGUUGAUAAAGAGCGAUGGAAGUCUGAAGAAUAUCAGAAAAACCAACACAAAUAUUGGGUCCAACCAGGCGAUCCAGAAAAUAUAAAUGUUGAUUGGCAUGUUCCUUCUAAUCCUGAAUUAGAUUUUGCAAUGGAAAUUUUGGAAAUAUUUUUAUCACCGACUUUAAAAAGAAUCCAAGAUUUGAUGGAUAGUGGAGCAGAUGAUGAAGGGAAAGCAUUGAGCAAUCGAGAAAUGACACAUGAGUUUUGUCGUCGUUUGAGUAUAGUUAGAAAUUGCGUUGGUGGAAUGACUACACUUGUCGAAGAUGACGGUGACGUUGAUAUCUCUGAUUACAAAGAUGGUGAGACUGAAGCUGUUCUUCCAACAAGAAAUAUUCCAGUGGGUUAUUGCUUUUUAGAUCCAAAUGAUCCACGUAGACAGACUGCAAGACAAUUGCGGAAAGAAUUAGGAGAAUUUCUUCAUAGAUUAGUGCUAUAUUUCCGAACUACACGUGAAGAUGAUGUUGACAGCUUGAAAAUCCUCCUCAAGAUCAUAAAAAUAUAUCUUACGGACCGUGGUGUAGAAAAAUCAAAAUACGAUGCAAGUAAAAGAGGCUAUCAAUAUGCUAAAGGCAUGUUGAAGACUUCUAACCAUGAUAAAAAAUAUCCUCGUUAUUUACUAGUUAAACGGGCAUACCAGCAACAUUUAUGCCGUUUGAAACAAAAUGCAUUUGGUAGAGAGAGAACUCGGCUACAUGAUGAUUUGCUCAAAGAUUUGGUCGAAUUGUCUCUAAGUUCAUACUCGGAGAUUAGAAAAAUAGCGCAAUCCCAUCUUACAAAUGCGUCUCGUUGUUUCAUUGGUGCGAAGCCCCUUAUCAUUCCUAUUUUGUUGAAAGCUUUAGAACCAACCGAUAAGCCAAAUUCUGAAAGAAUGAAAGGUGCUCUCUAUUUAUUAAGUUCUCGGACAUAUAUGUAUACAUGUUUAAGAGAUUGGAGAUUUGUUCCAUUGUUCAUAAGCCGCAUAUGCCAAGCUCAACAUGAUGACAAGCCUUCGGUCCAAGAAAUGAUACGUAAAGUCUUUUACGAUUAUCUCAUGAAUUACAAUAAUACGGCGUUUAAAACAAUUCUCACAGAUGGAUUGAAUGAUGCAAUAUGUCGAACGCUUGAUACCCUUUCACUUUCAUUGAAUAAAAGUGUCGAUACUCUCUUAAAUUUGGUUAAAUCUAACACUCUCCAUUGGCGGUUUGCAUCUAUGGCUGCAAAUUUUUUGGAUCUUCUAGUACGACCAGAAGCCCCAGCUUCUUCAGAUAUGGUAGAAUUUGCAGCAAAAGGCCUUGUUUCUGAGCUUCCUGCAUUGAGGCGUAUUGCUAUUUCUACAACUACCCGAAUUUUAUUUCAUAUUAAACAACGAACACUUACCAAUGGUGACUUAGAGUUAAUAGUAUUAAAAAAAGCCAACAAUCCUUUGAAAAAGACCAUCACAAUACCUAGGCCUUUACCAGAAGGAUAUACUAAUGAAUACUUAGCAACAUGUUUGACUAAAGUUAAUGAAAAUAACGCAGAAAAUGUAUUAUUUCAAGAUAAGGUCAAUGUCGGUUGGUACGUUUGGCCUGACAAUAUUUCUACGUAUUCACCAUGUAUUGAGUCAAGUGUAAUGCCCAGUUGUGAGUCAUCUUCUCAAGCCGCGUUCAACAAGUUCCUCGAAAGUUUUAGUUCAUCAACUUUUUGGUCAUCCUUAUUAUCAUAUCUAUCACAAGAAUUUGUUCGUGAUAGAGAAGAUAACUUUUCGAUGAUCAAUGCACAUUUAUUUAAAAGCAUUUUUCAAAUGUAUGAAGACACCUUCCUGGAAGUUGCUAAGCCAGAAAUUGCAAGGUUAUGUGAAUCCGCAGAGAAAAAUCAGCAGCGUGCGGCAUCAGAAAUUUUAGCGGGUCUAAUAAGAGGAAGCAAACACUGGAAAUUGAGCAAAUUGCAAACGUUAUGGGAUUGGGCGAUUCCUGUACUAGAGCAAACUUUUAAUUCCAUUACUCCAGAUUCUCUUGUGUAUUGGGAACGAUUCCUUGGAUAUUGCUUCCGGAAUCGAGAUCCUAGACGAGUACUUCCUCUUAUUAACCUAGUCUUGGACUCAAAUCUUGAUCCUACUUCUCAUGCAUCUUUUGCAGAGGCCAAAAAACUUUUUUUCGUGAAUACCCUCAUUAAUUCUUUUUCAUGGCGUGUUAUACCAAGAUCACAGUCGCUACUUGACAUUUAUUUUUCGAACGUUCGUCAUCCUUAUAAGCAAGUACGCGAUGUUAUGGCAGCUAAUAUCAACAUAUUGUUACAAAUGCAAUGGCACCCUUCUGCAUCAAGUGUUUCGGAAAUAAUUGAAUUCAAUCGCAAGACUGGCGAAGGAGUCGGAUAUGUUCCUGUUAUUUUACCUGGCAAUUUAAAUAACACAAUAGAGGUACUAGUACAAUCAUUAACGACUUGGCAAGCAGAAAGAAAGCCUACAGCAGCAGGCUCAUCAGAAUACGGGAACGCUAGCAAGACAGUACUUGCCUGGCUUUAUGAUGCACUUACUAUCUGGCAAGCAUCUGCCACCUACCCUUUGAUACUCCCUCUGCUUCCUUCAUUGUUUCAAAUGCAAGAUGUAAAUGACGACCAGGAUCUUCAAGCAGCCGCAACUCAUGUAUUGAAUGUUAUUGCAUCCUUUUCAUAUCCUCCUGAUAUGGUGCAAUUAAUUAUUGACAAAUUCAUAGAGAUUUUGACUGAAACUUCAAGUUGGCAUGUACGGGUAAAAGCUCUCCCAGUGUUACAAGUUUUCUACUUUAAACAUCUUUUUAUGUUAAGCGAAGAAAAAAUGAUUAAAGUAAUGGAUGUGGUGUUUGACAUGUUAAAAGACACUCAAAUUGAAGUACGCCAAUUGGCAGCAGUUACAUUAUCAGGCCUUAUACGAUGCUCACAAAGGGGUGCUAUAGCUACUUUGAAAGAUCAAUUUUUUAAGUUAUUGGAUACUAAAAUUCCUCCACGUGCGAGUUCGCGUAGAGCCCCUCGAACAACAUUACCUCAAGGUUUUCAGGAGGCUGUUCUCACUAGGCAUGCGGGCGUUCUCGGGCUAUCAUGCUUAGUUAAUGCCUUUCCAUAUGAUGUUCCAAAAUGGAUGCCUGAAGUAUUAGUGAAAUUGGCAGAGUGCAUUUCUGAUCCUGCGCCAAUACAGGCAACUGUAAAAAACACAUUUGCAGAUUUUAAAAGAACGCAUCAGGAUUCAUGGCAUGAAGAUAUGAAGCAGUUUACGGAAGACCAGCUAUCCCUUCUUUCUGAUAUGUUAAUUUCACCCUCUUAUUAUGCUUGA